AUGCCAUCCAAGCCCGCGGCAACCCUUAGCCUUCUCUCUCCCCUCACCCCCCCUUCCCUCGAACGCACAUGGCUCACUGCCCCACAUCCCCGCCUCCCUUUCGUGGCAACCUGCAGCGCAGACAAGACCGUCCGCAUCUACUCAUUGCAAAACUUCACUUUGCUCUCGACAAUAACUGGCGGCCACAAGCGCAGCGUGCGCAGCUGCGCGUGGAAACCGCUUGUUAGAGGGGAGAGUGUGCUGGCCACUGGUAGUUUUGAUGCGACAGUUGGGAUUUGGAGGAGGUGGGAUGGGUAUGGCAAUAAUGAGAAUGGACAUGGGCCUGAUAUUGGCAUGAAUGGUGAUAAGGAUAGAGAUUCAAAUGACGAAGAGGACGACGAAGAAUGGCGUUUCGCCGUCCUGCUAGAUGGACAUGAGAGCGAAGUGAAAUCGCUCUCCUGGUCCCCCGCCGGCACGCUGCUAGCAACCUGCUCGCGCGACAAGUCGAUAUGGAUCUGGGAAGACCUCGACGACGGCGAUAAUAAUUUUGAGACCGUCGCGGUUAUGCAGGAACAUGCGGGUGAUGUGAAAUGGGUGUCCUGGCAUCCCACCGAGGAAUGUCUGGCUAGCGCUAGCUAUGAUGACACGAUACGGCUGUGGAGGGAGGAUAUCGAUGAUUGGGGCCAGGUGGCGUGUUUGCGCGGACACACGGGGACGGUGUGGUCUGUUGAGUGGGAAUCUGGGGAUGCGGAGAUCACUAUUCCUGCUGCUCCUGAGGGAGACGAAGAUGCGGAUAUGGAUGGGGAACGUCGCAGGUUAUGGAUUGAAAAGCGUACCCUUGUCGGACCCCGUCUCGUUUCCUGCUCAGAUGACCGCACGAUUCGCAUAUGGGAAAAGCAGGUCCGCCCUCGUACAGACACCAAUACGGACACUAGCACCGGCCCCUCUGGUAUCCCCAGCAUAAUCCGCCCCACUAGCACGGAUGAGACGUGGGCUGAACAGGCCCAAUUACCCUCCCAGCAUGAUUUAUCCAUACGCUCCGUAGCAUGGAGUAAGCGGAGCGGGCUGAUUGCGUCGACAGGUGCAGACGGGAGAAUUGUGGUGUAUCAGGAGCGGUUUGUGAAGGCAGAGAAAUCGGUUGAGGAUUCUAAGAAAACAACGACGACCUCGACAACUACUACGGAUACGCAUAGGGAUAUUGAUGCUCCCACAACAACAGCAGACAACGUCGAAAACCACAGUGAUAAUACACAGGCACGGGAACAGUCAUCGCCUCUCCUCCAGAUGGAAUGGAAUGUCUUGGCCAAAAUUGAGGCUGCACAUGGCAUUUAUGAGGUUAACCAUAUAUGCUGGGCACUGCGAGCUGGUCGGGGGCGCGAGGAGGGUGAGGAGGAAGUAUUGCUUAGUACUGGUGACGAUGGAUGUGUGAAUGUUUGGAAGUUGGAGAGGUGA